AUGUCCCCAAAAGACGUCCUAAAUGCCACGAUCUAUGGUGUCAUUCAUGCUGUUACCAAUGUUGAACCAUUGUUAAUAGCCAAUAAUGUUGAUGCCAAUGAUCAAGCUCUAGACGUUUGCAAUGAGCUUCUAGGGUAUGCCCUUGAUGAUCUCCAUGCUUCAUUAAAUCUAGUGGAAAAGCAUAAUUUACAAACCAUUCGUGAGGAAAAAUUCAGCCUCAUGAACUGGCUAAGCGCGGUUGAAACCUAUCAAGAAACAUGUUUGGACGGACUUAAUGACCGAUUGGAAUUAAGGGAAUCUAUGUCAAAAGUUCUCUUACAUGCCACUCAACAUGUCUUCAAUGCAAAUGCCAUUGUAGCUGACAUGCCAAAUAUGUCCAAAAUAUUUAAUAUCCCAAUUGUGGAAGGUACUGGAAGGCGGCUUCUUGGCACCGAUGAAAGUAGAUAUCCCGUGUGGAUGUCAGUGUCUGACCGGAGACUGUUGGCAGGUGGCAAUGCAAGCCUAACACCAAAUGUAGUGGUGGCCAAGGAUGGGAGUAGGCAGUUUAAAACCAUAACCGAUGCUUUGGCCGCAUACCCAAAAGGAAACAAAAGGAGAUAUGUUGUUUAUGUGAAAGAAGAAAUCUAUGAUGAGCAUGUAAUUGUGACCAAAAGCCAUAUGAAUGUAUUCAUGUAUGGUGAUAGUGCUGCCAAUACCAUUGUCAUUGGCAAUAGAAUUGCAAUAGGAGAUGGAUUUAGAGCGAAGGCAAUAGCAGGACCAGAUGCAAAUCAAGCAGUGGCUCUCUUAUGA